AUGGGCAAGGUGGCCAACUUGCCAGGCUGCCGGGAGCUGGCGCCGGAGGGCCCGGAGGGCUUCGCGUCUCUGGCGGUGAAUGGCUGCGUGCGGAGCUGCGAUUUUCUGGUGCUGGGCACGGUCAGCAACUGGGCAGGUUCAGCCUUCGAGGCUGCGUGCCACGUGCUCUGGGUCCCCGAGUCGCCCUACGUGGCAGGCGGACCAUUGAGCGCUUUGGAGGAGAAGUUGCUGCGGGCCGUGAUGGCGCCGCCGGAGCUGUCGGUAGACGGGAAGUGCCCAGAGAAGGAGCUUUCGGUGGAUGGCAUGAGCUUCGAGCCCCAUCACAGGGAGUUCUACGAGUACCUUUGGCAGCUGGCGGAGGAGCCAAAAGAGCCCGACUCGAAGAUGCCGUCACAUUCAGGCACUCCAAUUCGACCUUUGGCAAAUGCCCCCGGCGGGAGCGCCGUCGCGAUUGCUAUGGGCAGCUCCAUCUCCGAGCUCUCAUCCAGCUGCUGCGGGCGACACAAGCCGGAGGACUCCUCAGAGGACUCGACGGGCUUGGCCGGGGUCCCGGUGAACGCCUUGAGCGACUUCGCGCACCACGCGGUGCUGGGCGGGCACCUGGAGGUGCUCCAGCCCAACGUGGGCGUGGAGGUCCGGGCCCUGCGGCGAGGGCGGAUUUGCCCCGUGCCGGCCGGGGUCAUUUUGAAAGCCUCCGCUGGCGGAGAGCGGGCCUUCUACGAAUCGGGCCUUGCCCUGCCCAUGGUGCCCCGCUAUUACGGUGUGGCGGCGGUGGCCGACGGGGAGCGUGUCAAGGAAUAUUUGGUCCUCGAGCAGAUUGGGCAAUUCGCCAACCCGUUGGCUUUUGACUUGAAGCUCGGCUUCGUGCAGCGGGCUGCGCACCACGAGGCCGCCAAGCGGCAGCGGAUGCGGCGCAAGGCCUGCGAGACCACGAGCGGGUCUUUGGGCUUCCGGCACUGCGGCCUGUCCUACUGGGACUGGAAGCACAUGACCAAGGCCAAGGAGGACAAGUAUCAGGGCCAAAAGGUGAAGUGUACUCAGAUCCUCACCGCCUUGGCACGGUUCUUCAAUCAGAGUCCCACGCAGACGUGGCCUCUGCAACGGCCCUGGCGUGCGAUUGUGGAGCGGGCCAUGAAGGAAGUGCAGACCAUGCAAGGCAUGAUCCUCGGGGCGAAGGGCGUGCGCUUCUGGGGAGCCUCGUUGCUCUUCGUGAUGGACGCCGAGGCGGUCCGGGCGCAGGACGCCGAGAAGAUCGCCGCGUCCUUCGCGGCAAAGCUCAUUGACUUCAGCAACGCGGAGUUUGUGGGCGAUGGCCCGGACCGGGAAUUGCUGCGGGCGCUCCAGAACUUCUCCUCCGCGCUGCAGGCGCUGCUGAAGAAGAAGGCAGAGGAGGAGGACCCCGUGCUGGCGGUGCAGUGCCCGGACCUGCGGGAGCAGGACGCGGAGCAGGCGGAGGCCCACAGAAAAUGGGCAUGCAAGAUGCGUUGCUGCCGGAGUCCUUGUCUACGUGGCCACAUCAGCAGCGAGGAUGACAAGGACGAGAAGGAGGACACUGAUCCGAAACUAUGGGAUUUUGCGUCCUUUUGAGGCUGUCGCCUAUUUUGACAUGG